CUCUGGUGUACUUUCCAUUGUGUUAUUGCCUUGGCGUGUUCUGAAACUGGUGGAUGGCCCAUGUUGUUGGUGCAGAGGAUGUGCCCUCACCCUGACGCCCAAACUUGUUCCAGCUCAGUAAGCAGGGAGCAAACUUACUUUUUGACUGUAGUCUGUCAUCUGGAGCAGUUCCUGUUCAUUUCAAACAUGCUGUGGUGCAGCUUUUAAUAUAGAAAUCUGUGUUGGGGAAUUUUAGGCCCAUCUCCAAGCUUCCUCUUGUGAGAAACGUCUAUUAUCAUCCUUAUUACUUUUUGCUAAUCUGAAUUAUUGAGUCUCCCUUUUCAUGUUUCAUUUAUUUAUUACAAGAAAAUAUAGCAGUAGGGGGUUCCAAGCUUUCAUGAGAUGUUUUUUUUUUAAAUUGACUCAACAAUAUCUCAUGACCUUUCUAAGCUGUCAUUUUAUUUGACCUGAGUUAACGGAGGCCAGGAGAUGUUAACAAUUAGAUUAGAUAAUGUGCUAUCAGAUGUGGUUUAAUAGCAAACAAGCAAGUGCACAUGUGAGAACCCCUCAACAAUCAGUAACUGCCUGAGUCAAAGUCCUUUGGUUAGUCUUUACUGCCUCUAUAAACCUGAUCUCUUCUAAGACAUUAGAGUCCAUGCUUUAACCAAAGCAGUAGCCUUUAUUCUUUCACUGUCAAUCAUAAUGGAGAGAGGACUCUUUCUGCUUGGAUUUGUGGUUUUAACCACAUCAUUCACUAUACCACAUCGCAGUCAAGUACACGAGGUGUAUGAGAACGGCGAGGAUGAGAACCCUAUCCUAAACUUAGGCUCCGAUGCCAACCUCUUUGAGGGAGACAUUUUGAUUCCUAAAGGACGGAAUGCCCUGACUGACCAAAAAUAUCGGUGGAAAUUUCCAAUCCCUUACAUUCUUGGGGAUGAUUUAGAUCUGAAUGCCAAAGGCUGCGUCCACCAGGCGUUCGAGAUGUACCGUCUCAAGUCUUGCGUCGACUUCAAGCCAUAUGAGGGAGAGAAGACUUACAUCAAGUUUGAAAAGAGGGGAGGGUGCUUCUCCAGCGUUGGAGACCAGCAGAACGGUCAGAUCUUGUCUUUGGGAACAGGCUGUGACCACAAGGCUGUAAUUGAACAUGAACUGCUGCACGCUCUCGGAUUUUACCACGAACAGUCUCGUACAGACAGAGAUGACUAUGUGGAUAUUUGGCUGGACCAGGUGACACCAGGGCUCGAGCACAACUUCAACAAAUACAACGAUGACUUCAUCACCGAUCAAAACACGGCAUAUGACUACGAAUCUGUCAUGCAUUACAGACCAUUCUCCUUCAACAAGAAUGACUCCAUUCCCACCAUCACCACCAAAAUUCCAGAGUUCUACAACAUCAUCGGCCAGUACCUGGACUUUAGCAAGAUGGACACCCUUAGGCUCAACCGAAUGUAUAACUGCUCUGGCCCUCUGACCCUUCUGGAUCAAUGUUCUUUUGAGUAUGCAAGCAUCUGUGGAAUGAUCCAGUCUUCUACUGAUGAUGCUGAUUGGGUCCAUAUGAAGAGCAGCACAGGAGAUGAGGAUCAUACGCUUCUGGGACGAUGUAGAGAUGCAGGGUACUUCAUGUACUUCAAUACCAGGACUGGAAACCCUCAGCAGUCUGCUCUGCUGGAAUCAAGAACCCUUUACCCUAAAAGGAAGCUCCAGUGUCUGCAGUUCUUCUACAAGAUAACUGGAAGCUCUCAAGACAGGCUGGUCAUAUGGACCAAGAUGGACGAUGGCACAGGCACUGUCCGCAGAAUGAAGAAAAUCCAUACUUUUUAUGCGGAUUCCGAGCAGUCAUGGAAGAUCGCCCACGUUCCAUUGGAAGUAGGGGUUAAAUUCCGCUAUGCUUUCCAAGCCGUACGUGGAGACCCUACAGCUUCUGCUGGAGGCAUCUACAUAGAUGACAUCAGCCUGACCGAGACCCGUUGCCCAAACGCUGUGUGGACAAUCCGUAACUUUUCCAGGAUCAUGGAAACAGCUGAUGUGAACACUGUUAUUGAAAGCCCUCGUUUCUACAGCCGCGAAGGCUACGGUUAUGGCAUACGUGUCAUACCUUUGUCCAGUUACAGUGAUUACACUGGAAACUAUGUUGGGCUGUACUUCCACCUGGCCAGUGGGGAGAAUGACGCUGUGAUGAAGUGGCCAGCUGUAAAUCGACAAGCCACCUUGGUGGUGAUGGACCAGGACCCAGAUAUUUUGCAGAGGAUGUCUUCUGCUCGUAGUCUCACCACUGAUAUGAGGACAACGUCAGAUGGACAGUUCUUUUGGGACAAUCCCUCCAAGGUGGGCAAGUACGACCCCUCCUGUGAUUGCUACAGAGGGGACUCAUGGGGCUGGAGGAACUUCAUCAAGCACUUUGACCUCAGGCGGCGCAAUUACCUGAAGAAUGAUGACCUCAUCAUCUUCACUGAUUUUGAAGACCUAACAUCGCUCAUUAAAACAGAAGAUCCCAUUGUGUCACAUGAAUAAGGUCAUAGAGGCUUUUAAAACAGAUUGAACAGCAGUUGGAUGGAGUACAUGCAGCUGGAAUGAGGAGAAAAGUCUGAAGAUUAUUGGACAGGAAGUGUGAUGUAAUCAAAAUGCAUUAUGAAAUGUCAAUAAAAGGCUUAAGGAAGUAUUCAGUUUGUUGUUCCAUAAAUAGCUGUCAUGCGGUUGUUUUGAUUUGGUUAGGACCUGAUGCUUUCAUGGCUGCUCUAACGGAAUUAAAAUAUAAAUGACCACUCAGAUCUUGGUAAAACCUGUUCAAGAAUGAAUGAAAGCAAUUUCUUUGUCCAUGCCUGGCUGUGUAUUUAAAGUUAAUUAGAGUUAGCUAUAUUUGAAUAAAGGUGUGACAUGCCAUGCUAUUUCUUUUGAGUCAAUGUAAAAUGUUGUCACAUUUGUUUUUACCACAAAUGCCCAUGUACCUUAUUGGGAUUUUGUUAUAAACCAACAAAGUUGUUCAAAACUGUGAAGUGAAAAAAAUUGAGAAGGAUGAGCCUACAUUUGAAAUAUUGUGUGUGGAGGUGAACGGACUCUGACCCUUACUACAAACAUGUCAUCCUCACGAGGAAACGGUGGCAGCAUUAUGCUGUUGGGAUGUUUUACUUCAGAAGAGACAGAGAAGCUGGAUUCGGUUAUGCAUGUUUUAUACAUGCAAUUUGUUAUAUACAUAUUGCAUAAAUGUAUAUAUGUAUAUAUUUG